UUCGCUUUAUCGCUGUUGGGCCAUCUCUAUCCACCAUCUCAAGAAAUUCGACAAUUUCGCUAAACUUUGCAAACUAAUCUUGCAUUUGCAAUUAUCUAGUUCCGCAGACAAACGCAUUUGCAGAUUAAGAUGGAGGUCGAUGACGAAGAGUACGAGGUGCCCUCCAGCAGCAACAAGGGCGAGAAGAAGCGCUUCGAGGUGAAGAAGUGGAAUGCCGUGGCUCUCUGGGCCUGGGACAUCGUGGUGGACAAUUGCGCCAUUUGCAGGAACCACAUCAUGGACCUGUGCAUCGAGUGCCAGGCCAACCAGGCCUCCGCCACCAGCGAGGAGUGCACCGUGGCCUGGGGCGUCUGCAACCAUGCGUUCCACUUCCACUGCAUUUCCAGAUGGCUGAAGACGCGCCAGGUCUGUCCCCUGGACAACCGCGAGUGGGACUUCCAGAAGUAUGGUCACUAGACGACGGGGCGGCGGGCGAUUGGAACCAUGCACCAUGCGAUGCAUGCCAAAACCCAAUAUAUUAUAGCUUCUUAGAUCUUAAGUAAGCCCGGGAACGCGACAUGGCUUGCGAGGACAUUGCCCAAAUGUGUGAGACCUCCAGCUGAAGUGGCUUCCCCCCAAAAAAAAAUUUAAAAAACCCCAAAAAAACAAGAACAGGAAACCUUUUUGUAACGCUAACGAAAUAAAAGGAAGAAAACGUAGUAGAUGCCAAUGGGAAGCGUAA